UAAAACUAAUAAAAUAUGUAAAAAUAAUCUAUACUAUCCUUAAUAUUUUUCCUUUUAUUAAUAUAAUUUAAUGCCGAAGUAACAAAAAUAACGAUUUUUUCCGAUGUAGUAAAAAAUCUUAAAUAAAAUCCUAAUUCACUUAUAACUUUAAUGGUAACUCGUUUAAAAGAAUGCGAUAGAUGUAAAAUAGGUAAUGAAGUCUUACAUUAAUACGCCGAAUUAACUGACGGUAUAGUCCUUACAUAUUUGCUUGAUUGUGAAAAAAUAUGGGAAGUAGAAUAAGAUAGAGUCCGUAUUCCUGCCUGUGACCCUAUAAGAAGACAAGAAUUACCAAAUUUGACAUUUUUCUAACCCGAUUAUAGCGAAUUGGAUAUAUAUAAUAAAAAGAACAAAAAAAUACACAAAGAUAUACCGUAUUAAGGUGUUUUUAGUCCUGAUGCUCUUAUAUAAAGAACUAAGGAAUUAAUACCUUUUUUUUAAAAGAUGUCUCUAAUAUGAAAGAAUUGAAUUAAUUUUUGGAUAAUAAGAAUAUUCCAAUAAAAGCUCUUCUUUUAAACGACGAAGAAUAUCCUCCUUUAUAUUUUAAAUCUUUAAGCAGUGUAUAUAGAGGAUAAGUUGAUUUUGCUUGUGUAGAUGGUGAUAAUAAAAAAAUAAGAAAUAAAUAUGGAGUCAAAGAUAUACCAAAGUUAAUUGUUUUGAAAUUAUAAGAGGAUAAUUAGAAAUAUUAGGUUAAUAUUUUUGAUGGUGAAUUGAACAUUAGAGAAACUAAGGAAUUUAUUAAAAAAUAUACUGACGAGAUUGAGUCUUCUAAAAAAAAAGAUAAUAAAUAAAAAGGAAUUUAUUAUGAUAUUAGUGAAGAAAUAGAAAUUUUGAAUAUUUAAUCAAAUUAAAUAGGUAAUAUAGUGAUGAAAAAAAAUAAAGAAAUAUUAGUUUUAUUAUAACUAU